UGGAGAUAUUCAGUUGAUUUGCUAAAACAGAUUCAAUUCGUGCCUCCAUUCGGUAGCGCUACCCUGGUUCACUGAAGUGGUUCAUUGGUUCACCUCCUCUCGCCCGCCAGCCUUAGCAGUUUGCCAACAGAGGCUUCUUCUUCUCAACUUUCACCACUCACUUUUACUCUCUACUGUUAUAACCUUCUUUUCUUGAAAAUACUGCGCCUUCUAAUGCCCCGUCCUCGGUCAGACAGUCUACUUCCCACCCGGCCAAUGCAUCUUCAGCACCUGUUUGCUCGUAUCGGCCACAACCUGCUCCGUCAAGUUCGAAUUCGGUAUCCACUGUCACAAUCAGCAUUCCUCCUUCGUCACCCCCUUUCUCCUUCCACUCCCCCCUCUCUCCCUUCCACUCCCCCCUCUCUCCCUUCCACUCCCCCCUCUCUCCCUUCCACUCCCCCCUCUCUCCCUUCCCCUCGUGAAACAAAAAAAACAGCACUAACACCUUCCAAUCCCAGAUACCCAUACCCGAAACCCCAAUAUACCUCGCCCUCCCACUCGUCCAAACCGUCCUCCCAUCUCCUAUGCAAAACAGGAGCCAGCGGCGUAUCCACCGUGAUAUUCUCUACGAUCGCAACAGUAUAGCUACCUUCGGCUUGAUGUCUGGGUUCAUGAAGGAGCCGGGGUUCAUGGCUUGCCAGAGG